UACGAAGCUGGAAGAUGAACGAGUUCAAGUAUUACGAUAUUCCCUCGCCGUUUCCGACGCUCGCCAGGGGCCUAUUCACCCGAGACAUCACCGUUGACGGCGAGGAGAAGCACAGGAUCGUAGCACGCGGCUACGACAAGUUCUUCAACAUCGGGGAGGUGCCAUGGACCACGUGGGGCUCGCUCGAGGCACACACGAAGCCGCCGUACACGCUCACGCUCAAGUCGAACGGGUGCAUCAUCUUCAUCUCGGCGCUCACGCCGACGAAGCUGCUCGUCACCUCGAAACACUCGCUCGGGGGCAAGAAGGACGGCUCGGAGGCUACGCAUGCGCAGGUUGGCGAGCGGUGGCUCCGCAAGCACCUAUCAGACGCCGGAAAGACGGAGGAGCAGCUUGCCCAGGUGCUUUGGGAGAAGAACUGGACAGCGGUAGCUGAGCUCUGUGAUGACUCCUUCGAAGAACAUGUCCUGCCGUACUCGAAAGAGCAGACCGGCCUUCACCUGCACGGCAUCAACGAGUGCAGAAAAGAGUUCCGGACAAUGCUGCAGGAAACUGUCGAUGGGUUCGCGCGCGAGUGGGGCUUCAUCACCACACAAUCCAUCGUUCUCAAAACCAUCCCCGCGGUGAAAGAGUUCACGGAGGAAAUUGGUAAGGCGGGCAAGUGGCGCGGGCAGGCGCUCGAGGGCUUCGUCGUGCGAACACACGUCUCGGCAUCACCAUCAAAGCCGGGCGGGGAUGCGAGCGCGUCGCCGUACGCUCCGGGCUCGUCCUUCUUCUUCAAGGUCAAGUUCGACGAGCCGUACAUGAUGUACCGCGACUGGCGCGAGGUGACAAAGACGCUGCUGUCGAAGGGCGCGUCGACAUCGAACGUGUCCAAGGCGAAGCUGAAGCGGCCCGAGACGCAGGUGUACGUCAAGUGGGUCAUCAAGGAGAUCAAGCGCGAACGCACCCAGUUCGCUGAGUUCACCAAGGGCAAGGGCAUCAUCGCUACCCGGGAACGGUUCUUGAACUGGCUUGAGAGCGGAGAGGGCCAGCACGAGCUCGAUGAUACCAGCAAGGAGGACCAGGCCAAGAUCGAAGAGGAUAAGAAGAAGUUUGGGAAGACCAUCAUUGUUCCAAUCGCUAUUCCCGGCGUCGGCAAAACCACCAUUGCUAUCGCACUGGCGCACCUCUUCAAUUUCGGCCACACUCAGAGCGACGACAUCGCCAGCAAGAAGGCAGGACCACAGUUUGUCAAGAAUGUUGUCAAACUUCUGCAGACUCAUGAUGUUGUCAUCGCUGACAAAAACAACCAUCUACGCCAGCAUCGUCAGGCCCUUCGUGACGCGACGAAGGGCAUGCGGCCGCCCGUGCGCCUGCUCGCGUUCGACUGGUCGUCGGACCUACCUCCGGCAACAGUCCACCGUAUAUGUGGCGACCGCAUCGUUGCGCGGGGCGAGAACCACCAGACGCUGCGGGCAGACGUCGAAGGCAAGGCGCACGACGAAGUCGUCUGGAUGUUCCUCUCUCAAACCGAGGAGCUGCUCGACAACGAGGUCGACGAGCUCGUGGAGAUGAGCGUCGAGGAGUCUCUCGAGGACGCCCUCGCUCGUGCAGUCGACGCUUGCGUCCGGAUCCUCGGUGUGCCUCGGCCAUCUGCGGAGCAGAUGGGCCAGGCGCUCGCAGCCGCGCGGGGGUACUCGCCCACGACGCGGCGCGAGACCAAGGAGAAGAAGGAGAAGGCGCGCCAGCCUCGGUACUACGCGCUCAUACCCGAGAUCGACCUCGAGCGGCUGCUUGGCAAGCGCUUCAAGGCGGACGACAUCUCGCUGCGGGGCAAAGAGUUCUACCGAGCCUUGAAGGCAAACGACCGCGUCACAGACCGGCCACACAUCACGAUCGUGCACGAGGGGAACCUGCCCGCGGUGAGCGAGCUCUGGGAGCGCACAAAAGAGCUGCACGCGCUCGCCGCGCCACCGCUGUUCUCGCUCCGGCUGAGCGACGCCGUGUGGAAUGACCGCGUGAUGGCGCUCGUUGUCGAGGACGUCGCUGUUGCUGCCGAAGCGGCCGAUCCCGAGGCGAAGGGCGCCGAGUUCCUCGCGAACGUACCCGAAGAACUUCGGAGUCAACUGCACGUCACGGUUGGCACGAAGGCGAAGGACAUCAAGCCCGUGGAGGCAAGAGACCUCGUCGAGCAGUGGAAAAGAGGCGAGACGGGCAUCGAGUCGUGUAAGCUCGAUGACGUCUUCGUCAAAGGCAGGAUUCGCGGUCUCUUCAACUGAUAUUUUUGAAUUAGCAGUUGCUUAGUAAAUUUUUUGUUUUACGCUCUCAUGUCGCGCAUCACUACUCAUUCGCACUGCUUUGAAGCCCAUGUAAUAUCUGCUGUCAUAUUUAGCAUCCCCACUCCAGCAUGUUCUGCGGCAAAGUCCAUUCAACUUCAUGUACAUUCUCAAGCAAAUUGACAUUCAAUGGC